GCUGAUCUUAAAGCGGCACAUAUCAACAUCAACGGCCAUUUGGGAGGAUUUUUGUCAUUACAAACCAGUGGUUUUUUUGUUUGUUUGUUUGUUGUUGUUGUUUUUUUUUUUCAGUUUUACAGUUACAGCCUUGGGUACAUUAAGAGAACGAGAGAAUUAAAUACAAAAAAAAAAAAUCAAAAAUAAACAACAGAAAAAUUGUAUUAAAUAAAAACAUCAAACUGUUUUUUACAGGUUUUUACACAAUUUAUAUGUUUUUAACUUUGAUAUUGUGUUUAGGUAUUGCUGAACUUCUGUCUUCAAAAUUAAAAACAAAGUUUUCAUUUCGUUUUCAAUGAACCUGAAAAGCGCGAGCAGGGUUCGCUAACUGUCUACCGUAAAGGCUGAUGUAUACGCAGACCAACAUUUUAAAGAGUGGAUAAGCGGAGCUGACUUUUCCGGAAUUCAGGCAACGUAACCGCAGUGUUUAUCUACGGCAGUGGGCGGUUUCAGACGUAGCCAAAUUGUUCAAAGUCCCAAGACUUUAUCAAGACAGUAGCUGUCACUGUCCAACACAGCAAGUAGAAAUUCAUCUAGCUAAAGUAGUGUGCAGUAAAGGAAGCGCUGGUCUCUUACUCUCCUACCCUACUGAAGGUUUGCUUCACUGUUUUAUAUCUAUUCCGAGAUGAGAAGAAGAGUUGAUGAAACUGCUGCAUCCAAACGAACUGAGGAGAAACCAGUGAAAAGCGAAACUGUUAAAGUGCAAGCCAGGUCAUCAUGGUGGGUGUGGGUGAAAAGGGGACUGAUAGCCCUCUGCACUCUGUAUGUGGCCACACCGUUUGUUCUGCGAUUCUUUCCCGGUGUCAUACAGUACCUGGUUUAUAAACAUGCCAUAACAUAUUUCGUUGACCUGAGGCGUCCCUCUGAUCUUGGCCUCAAUCACACCGUCAAUAUGUACCUGACUUCAGAAGCAGGAGUGACACUGGGAGUAUGGCACACGGUUCCUGAGCAAAAGUGGAAGGAGGCUCAAGGUAAAAGUUUGGAGUGGUAUGAGCAGUCUUUGGGGGAUGGUUCCCCUGUUUUCAUCUACUUCCAUGGCAAUACGGGCAACAGAGCAGCUCCACAUCGUUUGGGAGUUGCCAAUGUGUUAAGUGCUCUUGGCUAUCAUGCUGUGGUUAUGGAUUACAGAGGAUUUGGGGAUUCCACUGGAGAGCCCACUGCGGUUGGACUGAUCACCGAUGCACUUUAUCUGUACCACUGGGUACGGGCACGCAGUAAGGGCAGUCUGGUCAUCAUAUGGGGUCACUCCCUUGGCACAGUAGUGGCAACUAACACUGCAGUGAAAGUACAGGAGCAAGGAAAACCCCCUGAUGCAGUGAUACUUGAAGGUGCUUUCACAUAUAUAAAAAUACCAGAAGGAUCCCGCCAACCUUUCACCUGGUAUUACUGGAGAUUUCCAUACAUACAGUACUACUUUUCCCAGCGCCCAACUGAACCAAAUAAAUCAGUAUUGCUCAAUGUUGAAAACUUGAAAAAAAUGAGGACGCCUCUUAUGAUCCUUCAUUCUAAAGAUGACCAUGUGAGUCCUUUCAUGAUGGCUGAGGAGCUUUACAGCACUGCUAAAAGUGUGCUGAAGUCAGAGGAAAAAGUCAGACUGGUUGCAUUUGAUGGAUCCCAUGGAUAUCUUCAUAAUGGACUUUAUAGGGAUCCUGGUUUGCCAAAUUUUAUAAGGGAGUUUGUGCAGUCUGUUGCAAAGUAAUCUGAACAAACUCACACACACACACACACACACACAAAAUGUAUAAAUUCCAGAGAUAAUCCACAUACAUUAUGCAUAUCAUGGAUUGCACAUAUAUUAUGACAACUGUCAUACAUCUGUGACUAGUAAACAGUGCAUUUGAAUUCUAGCUAUCAGAUGUAAUCAUGUUUAUAGGAGUAGUCUUGAAGCACUCUUAAACAUCACAAAUUAUAUCUUUAUGACAAUGCCUCGUUAUAUCACGAUUACUACUUUAUAAAGGGUAUAUAAAUAAAUGCUAUAAAUGCUAAAAAGCAUUUAGUAAUAAGCUUAAAGAGUUACUAAAAAGACCCUGAUUAUAAUGUGAUAAAUAAUAGUGUUGUUGAAAGAAAUGUACAGAUAAUUUGUAUUGUAAAUUAAAAAUAUCCAUAGGAUCUAAGAAGAUCCUGAUGAUGAUGAUGAUGAUGAUAAGGUUGAUGAUGAUGUGUACAAAGAAUAAACAUUAAAGUACCUGA